UCAUUUCUUAAGAAAAUGCAAACAUUACCAGCGAACUCGUUUUGUCUCCUCUCAUGUGUCCUCGUCUUGUUCUUAAGUUCAGUCUUAGCAGUUACAGAUGAUCCUCAAGAUAAACAGGUGUAUAUUGUCUACAUGGGAUCACUUCCUUCUGGGCUAGAAUACUCACCAAUGUCUCAUCACAUGAGCAUCCUUCAAGAGAUCACUGGAGAAAGUUCGAUCGAAGGUCGCUUGGUGAGAAGUUACAAGAGGAGUUUCAAUGGGUUCGCUGCUCGGCUCUCUGAGCCAGAACGACAAAGAAUAGCCGAAAUGGAAGGAGUUGUGUCUGUCUUCCGGAGCAAGAAGUUACAACUCCAAACGACCGCGUCUUGGGAUUUCAUGGGGUUAAAGGAAGGAAAUAAUACAAAGCGAAACCUAACCGUGGAAAGUGACACUAUCAUCGGUCUCAUUGACACUGGGAUUUGGCCAGAAUCAGAGAGCUUCUCGGACAAAGACUUUGGACCUCCUCCAAAAAAAUGGAAAGGUGUUUGUUCAGGCGGCAAAAACUUCACUUGCAACAACAAGUUGAUCGGAGCGAGAGACUACACAGGCGAAGGCACCAGGGACCUUGACGGCCACGGUUCACACACAUCAUCCAUUGCGGCUGGAAACGCAGUUGCGGGGGCAAGCUUCUAUGGAAUCGGCAAUGGAACCGCUAGAGGCGGCGUUCCAGCUGCUAGAAUCGCUGCUUACAAAGUCUGCACCUCGACAGGGUGUACGUCAGAAGAUAUACUGUCUGCGUUCGAUGACGCAAUAGCAGAUGGUGUCGAUGUCAUUAGCGUUUCCAUCGGGGGAGGGGGAGGGGCCCGUAGGUACGACGUGGACACAACCGCCAUCGGGGCUUUCCACGCUAUGGCCAAAGGGAUCCUCACUGUGAACUCAGCCGGUAACACAGGUCCGAAGCCAAACUCAGUCGGCAGCGUUGCGCCCUGGAUAUUAACCGUUGGAGCCAGCACAACAAACCGUGACUUUUUGACCAAAGUUGUUAUCCAAAACGGCAAGACACUUGUGGGGAGAUCAGUGAGUGCUUUUGAUCUGCAAGGAAAGAACUAUCCUCUUGUCAAUCAAGGAUCUGACGCCAAGGGGAAAAUAUUGGUGAGCGUAUAUUCGUUUAGUUCAGAUGUAGCUGUUGCAACCAUAAAUCAAGACUUCAAAAACUAUGCCAUCGUUAGCUCCCGUCCCCUCUCUGCUCUAUCACCAGAUGACUUUGACUUUCUUGUCUCUUACGUUAACUCCACAGAGUCGAGGCAAGGCACUGUUCUAAAAACUGAGUCAGUCUUUAAUCAAAAAGCGCCUAAAGUUGCUUCCUUCUCUUCUCGUGGACCAAACACAGUCGCUGUAGACCUUCUUAAGCCGGAUGUAACAGCACCAGGAGUGGAGAUUCUCGCUGCGUAUUCACCUUUGGGUUCACCUACAGAAGAUAUCGACCCGAGACAUGUGAACUACUCUGUUCUAUCUGGAACUUCAAUGUCUUGUCCACACGUCACAGGCGUGGCUGCAUACAUCAAAACUUUUCAUCCUGACUGGUCUCCAGCCAUGAUCCAAUCUGCCAUCAUGACAACCGCUUGGUCGAUGAAUGCUUCUGACACUGGGGUUACAUCAACCGAGUUCGCUUAUGGAGCUGGACAUGUGGACCCAAUAGCUGCUCUAAAUCCUGGACUUGUCUAUGAACUGGACAAAGCAGACUACAUCACCUUUCUCUGCGGCUUGAACUACACUUCCAAAACCCUUAGAACCAUUACCGGUGAAGUCGUCACUUGCAGUGGAAAGACCUUACCAAGAAACCUCAACUAUCCUUCAAUGUCGGCUAAACUUUCGGAAGCUAAUAGCUCCUUCACCGUCACUUUCAACAGAACCGUCACCAACGUCGGUAUCCCCAAUUCGACAUACAAAUCGCAGAUUGUCUUAAAUCACGGGACUGAGCUCAGUGUCAAGGUUACACCUGAUGUCCUGUUUAUGAAGUCGGUGAAGGAGAAGCAGUCUUUCACCGUGACUGUUUCAGGCAGCAAUAUCGACCCAAAUCUGCCUUCCUCUGCAAGUUUAAUAUGGUCUGAUGGCACCCAUAAAGUUAGAAGCCCCAUUGUUGUUUAUACCAAUGUUCCUAAUGAUUCAAUCUAA